AUGAAGAUAAUCUGGUUAUUUCCAGUGUUUUCACAUGCAAGAUUUAUUUAUGGACAGAUCGGAGAAACAUCGGAUGCAGACUCAACGCCCACGAAUAUAGACAUACAUCCACGAAUUAUUGGCGGCACUGAAAUAUCAAUCUCGAGCGCUCCAUUCAUCGUGGGAAUGACGAUACGAUCCGGUCGCACCUCUGAAAUGUGUGGUGGAAGCAUAAUUUCGUCAAGGUUCAUUCUUACAGCCGCACAUUGUAUACAUAAUAAGGACCCGAGUGCGAUUACUAUCAGGAUAGGAAGCAGCAGAUUCGACGCUGGUGGACGCUUGGUCGGUGUCAGUCAAAUCUACACUGACAGUUACAAGCCUAGUACGGUUGAGAACGACAUCGCAAUCUUGGAGCUUGAUAGCGAAAUUACUUCGAGUAGAGACCCUUACUCGGAAAUCCUUCCAAUCGGAAUUGGAAAUCCUCCACAAGGAGCUUCUUGUUAUACUGCCGGUUGGGGCCUAACAUCUAAUGGAGGGUCAGCCUCGUCCGGACUUAGACGAGUAGAGCUUAAUCUUUGGAGCACCUCCCAGUGUGUGAUGGUUUGGGGAGUUGGCAUAAGCGGAAGCAAGCAAAUAUGUGCUCUCGGCGAUCGACUAUCAGGAGAUUUAUACAAGGAUUCUUGCGCUGGUGAUUCUGGCGGACCGCUUUACUGUAGAUACAACGGACAAACCUCUUUAUACGGAAUUGUUUCAUAUGGACCUCAAGAGUGUGGCACAGAAGGAGUUCCAGGCGUUUACACUCGACCCUCCUUCUACAAGUCUGGUAUCGAAGCUAUUACUGGGCCUCUUGAAAAUUCAGAUAUAUUUACUCUCCCAAUAAUACCUGUGUCGGAGACGACAACAAGUACAAGUACGACCACAACAACAACAAGUACAAGUAGAACCUCAACUACCAGUAGUGCAAUAAUCAGUAGCGCUUCAUCUAACACAAGUAGCUCGGCGAUAACAAACACAACAGCUGCAACAAAACCUGGUAUACCCUUUGAAAUAGAAAUUCCCACGAUGCCAUCCAAUCCAGACUCGAGCGUCUUAUUGAAAUCAACUGCCGCUCUAAUGCUGAUUCUCUACUACGUCCUUAUGAUUAUUUUCUAG